AUGAGCAAUGUAUUCUGUGUCGCAUGGCGGGUUCCAUGCCCAGGGCUCCGGUCCCUGAGCAUGUCCCCGUCCAAUGCAAUUCCGCUCCGCUCCGCCUGUCGUGAUCUCCGCACUUCGCUCCCAUCGUGGUAUUCGAACUAUACCAGCCGACGGUCUUUCGAAUCGCUUGCGCCAUUUACCCUCUCCACAAGACGUCCUCUCCGUGUUGGAUUGAAUCCACCUUCUCCAGUUGCGAUUCUUUCUAGACCGUUCUCAUCUACCCGUUCCUCGUUGUCCGAAUCUACCCCUCCGGUUGAACAUGGCGUGCAGCUCCGUCGCGAACCGUUCUCUGCAGACGAAAUCAAAGCGAUUUUUGGAAAGUCAAAGGUCUCGCCCGCAGUGGGUAACCGGGUUCUUGCCGUUCUACAAGGUAGACGUGAGGCCGGUACUCUGGAUCUCGAUCUCCCGGAAGACGUAACACGUUCGGUCCGCAAGCUCAGUCUUGAUACAGCUCUCAAAUUUCUCCGCACAAACUACCCGCUCGACGAGGAUGCAGCGAUUCUUGCCCGCAUUGAGCGGGAAGAAGCGGAGGAGGAACAGAAGUUGAUUCGCCGUGCGGAAGAACUGGGAUUGUACAAACCGCAAAGUGGAACUUACGACGCUGAACGGGGUGAGAAGGGUGAUCCCUCUGGAAAGAGUGCUUUGUUGGAACUUCGCAAGCGAAAUGAGGCGCGUAUUUUGGAACAAGAAGAAAAGAAGCGCCAGGCAUGGCUUGAGGGUGAACAACAAGAUCUCGAAAUUCUGAAACAGCAGGCGGAAAAGAAUAAGGCGCUGCAAACGAUCGAUAACACCACAGCUCUGGAGGCUCGACCGCGCGCCGACCCCCAGCAACGCCCGCUAUUGGCCUGGAUCCAAAAACACCAUUUGCGUGGUAUGGAUAACGACGUCGAUGUAUCUCAAAUGACUAAUGCCCGUCGGAUCAUUCCAUCUUUGGCAAUAACAUUGCUCAUCAUCGGCCUUGCCUACGUUUUUGCCCAGAACUACGAACCUCCAUUGAAGCAGGACCGCAUGUUUCCCGAAACUCCUCCUGCUGCUGCGACAGCCAUGGCUAUUAUUGGUUUGAAUCUGGGUGUCUAUCUCCUGUGGAAGGUGCCACCGGCUUGGAGAAUGCUCAACCGGCAUUUUAUUAUCGUCAACGCGUGGCCUCGCGCAACUAGUAUGAUCGGAAGUGUCUUUAGUCACCAGAAAUUGAAGCACCUUGCGUUGAACAUGGGUCUCCUGUGGUUUAUUGGAACACGACUACACGAUGAUAUUGGCCGGGGAAACUUCCUAGCCCUAUAUAUGGCUGCCGGUGCCUUGGGCUCGUUUACGUCCCUUGCGGCACACACUCUGCUUCUCAAGGAUCUAGCCGCGACAUCUCUUGGUGCUAGCGGAGCAAUGUCAAGUCUCGUCGCUGCUUGGUGCAUGCUCCACUCAAACGACAAGCUCACUAUUUUCUUCCUUCCCCGCAAGUGGCAGGAAACCUUCUCAGCGCCCGGAUGGCUAGUCCUGGCUGGCUUCGUUGCCUUCGAGGCCGUGAGCAUGGUGACUCCUUUCCGUGCCGCCAAGUUCGACCAUUAUGCUCAUCUAGGCGGUUAUCUCACGGGUACGGUAUGGGCGCUUGCUUGGAAGGCAGAGCAGAAGAAGCGACGAGAGGAGAGAUCGUGGUGGGAGAAGAUUGUGUCUUCUGAUUGA